AUGAUUGCGAUCAAGGCCAUUGCAAUUGUUGCAUUUGUGACUCGAGUAGCCUAUGCUUUGCCCACCAACGCGUCCUUGCCCGUCGUUGAUCUUGAGUAUGCUCUUCAUCGGGCUACGAUAAAUGAGACAGGACAGUACUACAAUUUCUCAAACAUUCGAUAUGCCGCUCCUCCCAUAGGAAAUCUCCGAUUUGCAGCUCCAAUAGAACCUGAAGUGAAUCGUACCAUUAACGACGGCCAGCAAGGAGCCAUUUGUGCCCAAGCAACACCAUAUUGGGAAGAGGUUGCUUCGUACUACUUCGGCGGUGCUAACGCAACUGUUUUGGAGUUUGUCGAGGCAGAAGUAGAAGCAGUGGAAAAGAAUCUCACUAUCUCAGGACUUCCCGCACCAGCACCAUUGACUUCGGAGGACUGCUUGUUCCUUGAUGUCAUUGUACCAAAGUCCAUCUACGACUCUUGCGGUGAAAGCACAGCGCCGGUUGUGGUCUGGAUAUACGGAGGUGGCUACGUUGCUGGAUCGAAAUUUGGUUCGGGAAACCCCGCCACCUUGAUUUCGAGAAGCCAAGAGAAUGGAGAUGAAGGUGUGAUUUACGUUGCCCUCAACUAUAGACUUGGCCUCUUUGGAUGGCUGUCUGGUCCCACAUUUCAAGAAAGUGGAGCGGCAAAUGCAGCUCUUCUUGAUCAGAGACUGGCUUUAGAAUGGGUACAAAAGUAUAUCUACCUCUUUGGUGGAGAUUCAGACCGAGUAACGGUCAUUGGCGAAUCUGCCGGAGCUGGGUCGAUCAUGCAUCAGAUUACAGCAUAUGGUGGUAGCAACGGCAGUGCACCUUUCUCCCAGGCUAUUUUACAGAGUCCUGGCUUUCCUCCCGUCUAUUCUUCUGUUCAAUCAGAGGGGACAUUUCAAAAUGUCAUCACACAAGCACAGGAACUCAUUGGCCCCAACAUCACCUCAGUAUCGGAUUUGAGAAGCCUUGACUUCACUACUCUGGCCGGACUUAAUACUAUCGUUAUUGCACGAACAGCUGCUUAUGGUACUUUUACGUUCGGGCCUGCAGUUGACGGCACAUUUGUACCUGAACUAUCAGCCAAACUUCUUCUUGAAGGCAAAUUCGAUACAAACGUCAAGGUCAUGACCGGACACAAUUCUGAUGAAGGUGCAUUCUUCACAUCUCCUUUCUUCUCCACAGAAGCAGACAUCAUCAAUGAUCUUGUCACAGCUCUACCCACCAUAUCUAAUUCUACCCUUGCCUACAUCACUGGGACCUUAUACCCUCCAGUCUAUAAUGGUUCCUAUCCGUACAAAAAUAUUUUGGAACGGGCAUCUCUGAUUACAGCUGAAUUUGCUUUCACAUGCAACACUCGCUUCCUCAAUACCGCGUUCCUUAACGAAACUCACUCUUACUUCUUCACCGUUCCACCAGGACUUCACGGUGAAGAUAUUGCUUAUACCUUCUUCAAUGGCGACACCACAACUUCUGAUGAUGGAAUGCCUGUAAAUGCUACUGUAGCAGCCGUUUUACAAAGGUACAUCAUGAAUUUCGCCGCGACAGGCAAUCCUAAUGGAAAAGAGGUGCCUUUCUUCCCAGAGUACCAAAGUAACUCGACGACAGUAAUUCUUGGAACUACUGGUCUGGGAAGUGUGCAGACUGAUACCACUGCAAAUAACAGAUGUGAUUGGUGGCAAAAAGCGUUGUAUGAAUAG